AUGGCCCACGAGCCAUUACAUGGAUCAUGCUCUUGUGGCCGCAAUGAAUACCGAAUUGAUAUCCCUGAUGAUGUGACGGAACAUGCUCAAGUCUACUUUGACAGCAGCAGAGAUAACCGUCGAUUCCAUGGGACACCCUUAUCAGCUUGGCUCAGAGUCCCUCUGGAUUGGUAUCAAUCCAACACAACUUCUUUUUAUCCCGAUGAAACGCAUUCUUCUAUUCGUCGCACCUUCACACCGCGUCAUGCUCCCCAAACCCAGCGCAUCUUCUGCGGAUUCUGUGGAACGCCAUUGACGUUUUGGACAGAGGAACCGCCAGAGGAAGCAGAGUUUAUGUCUGUUACUAUUGGAAGUCUAUUAGCAGAGCAUCAGCAUGCUCUCGAGGACCUCAAUCUACUACCGGAGGACUUUGACGAGGAGGCCCAGGAGGCCGGUCUCCCUACAGGUCUUUCUACUUCCUCUAAUACCCUAUCGCCUUCACGGGAAGCUACCUCUUCAUCUUCCGUUAUAGUCCCAUCAUUUUCGGAAUUGCCCGAUAUUUCGCGGACUUUUCGGAGUGGAGAACUGGGCGGGAUCCCCUGGUUUGAGGAGAUGGUCGAAGGAAGUCGUCUGGGUCGCCUGAUGAGAGCGAAGCGCGGAAAGGGCGUUAGCGCCGACAAUUCGACAUCAUUUGAAUGGGAAAUCAGUGAAUGGCAUGAUGAUGGUAGUCGUGGAAUUGCUCAGGAGGAAUCUGAAUCUGAAUCUAGCGGUCAUGUCGGGAAGAGAAAACGGGGUCGACAAGCGGAUACCGAGUCUCCUCAAAAGAGAACAGCGCUGCUGCGAUUUGAAAUGUGA